CCGGGUGGGUACGGCCACGAACCGCCGGGCUUCACUCGCCCCCGGGCCUGGGACCCCUGCCACACCCCGCGCCGACGGCCUGGCGCUCGCCCUGGAGCCCGCCGCGGGUGCCGCCAACUUCUUGGCCAUGGUGGACAACCUGCAGGGGGACUCCGGCCGCGGCUACUACCUGGAGAUGCUGAUGGGGACCCCUCCGCAGAAGCUGCAGAUCCUCGUAGACACUGGAAGCAGUAACUUCGCCGUGGCGGGCGCCCCGCAUCCCUACAUAGAUGCAUACUUUGACACGGAGCGGUCCACCUCAUACCGACCCAAGGGCUUCGACGUCACUGUGAAGUACACACAAGGGAGCUGGACGGGCUCCGUGGGAGAGGACCUCGUCACCAUCCCCAGAGGCUUCAACAGCUCCUUUCUGGUCAACAUUGCCACUAUUUUUGAGUCAGAGAAUUUCUUUAUGCCUGGGAUUAAAUGGAAUGGAAUACUCGGCCUGGCUUAUUCCACCCUAGCCAAGCCAUCAAGUUCCCUGGAGACAUUCUUUGACUCCCUGGUGACACAAGCAAACAUUCCCAACGUUUUCUCCAUGCAGAUGUGCGGGGCCGGGGUGCCCGUAGCUGGAUCUGGUACCAACGGAGGUAGUCUUGUCCUGGGUGGAAUUGAACCGAGUCUGUAUAAAGGAGACAUCUGGUACACCCCUAUUAAGGAGGAGUGGUAUUAUCAGAUAGAAAUUCUGAAGUUGGAAAUUGGAGGCCAAAGCCUCAAUCUGGACUGCAGAGAGUAUAAUGCGGACAAGGCCAUCGUGGACAGUGGCACCACGCUGCUGCGCCUGCCACAGAAGGUGUUUGACGCGGUGGUGGAAGCUGUGGCCCGCACGUCUCUGAUUCCAGAGUUCUCCGACGGCUUCUGGACUGGGUCCCAGCUGGCAUGCUGGACGAAUUCUGAAACACCUUGGUCUUACUUCCCCAAAAUCUCCAUCUACCUGCGAGCAGAGAACUCCAGCAGGUCAUUCCGCAUAACUAUCCUGCCUCAGCUUUACAUCCAGCCCCUGGUGGGGACCAGCCUGAACUACGAAUGUUACCGAUUCGGCAUCUCCCCCUCCACCAACGCCCUGGUGAUCGGCGCCACCGUGAUGGAGGGCUUCUACGUCAUCUUCGACAGAGCGAGGAGCAGGGUGGGCUUCGCAGUCAGCCCCUGUGCAGAAAUUGCAGGUGCACCGGUGUCUGAAAUUUCCGGGCCUUUCUCGACAGACGACAUAGCCAGCAACUGUGUCCCCGCCCAGUCUUUGAAUGAGCCCGUUCUGUGGAUCGUCUCCUACACCCUCAUGAGUGUGUGUGGCCUCAUCCUUCUCAUCUUAAUCAUCCUGCUGCUCCUGCCCUGCCGGUGUCCGCACCGUCCCCGCGAUCCUGAGGUCGUCAACGAUGAGUCCUCUCUCGUCAGACAUCGCUGGAAAUGAAGGGCUCAGUUUGACCUCAAACAACCUUGAACUCGGCUAUUAAGCUAGCUACGUUUCAGGGGCAGCAGGCCUGGGAGAGAAGCAAAGCUUCUUCCUGUGUCCGUCAGUCUUCAAUCUCUAUUCUGCCCCCAGAUGCCUUCCAGAUUCACUGUAUUUCGAUUCAUGCAUUUAAAGCUUCCAAUUCUUCUUUUCUACUUCCAAGAAAAAUGGUAAUAAACACCUCGUUCUCAACCAAAA